CUGCCUCGGCCAGGCGGGCGCUCUGCAGCCCCGGGGGGGCGGGGGGGGGCGCCCAUGCAAAUGCGCGCCGCGGCGCCCGCGCCCCCUGCUGUCCCUCCGGAGCGCGCUCCUCCUCUAGCCGCAAAACUCUCCUCCCGCACGCAGCGCGGCUCCGGCUCCGCGGAGAGGAUAAUUGGAUUCUUCAAAAUGUCAGCUGUACUACCCACAGCCCCUGAGCAGCCUGCGGAUGAAAUGGAAAAUCAAACCAAAACACCAGAUGCAAGGCCUGAUGCCCCUCACUACAAUUUGCAUGUUGCUCCAGGACUCCCUGGACCAAUCGUCCCCCCACCUGUAGGUUACCCAGGAGGCUUGCCUAAAGGAUACUACAGCCCACAGCAGCCCGCUACCUUUCCCUUGUACCAGCCAACUGGUAGCAACCAUCCUAUCGAGUAUCAGCCUGGAAAAUAUCCUACACCAAAUCAGUUUGCUCCGGUAACGUGGAUGCCAGCACCAACCCCGAUGCUGAACUGCCCUCCUGGUCUGGAAUACUUAGCUCAGUUGGACAACAUACAUGUUCUUCAGCAUUUUGAUCCUCUGGAACUAAUGACAAACUUUGAAACUAAUAACAGAUAUGAUAUUAAAAAUAACGCAGACCAGAUGGUUUACAUAGUAACUGAAGACACGGACGACUUCACCAGGAACGCUUACCGCACACUGAGGCCCUUCGUGCUCCGGGUCACGGACUGCACAGGCCGCGAGCUCAUGACCAUGCGGAGACCUUUCCGGUGCACCUGCUGCUGCUUCUGCUGCCCCUCAGCCAGGCAAGAGCUAGAGGUGCAGUGCCCACCUGGAACCACCCUUGGCUUUGUGGCAGAACACUGGAACCUGUGCAGAGCAGUCUACAGCAUCCAAAAUGAGAAGAAAGAGAAUCUGAUGGGCGUGCGUGGGCCGUGCUCAACCUACGGCUGUGGGUCUGACUCUGUUUUUGAGGUCAACUCCCUGGAGGGCACGUCCAACAUUGGCAGUAUUAUUAGGAAGUGGAACGGUUUGCUGUCCACAAUGGGAAACGCUGACCAUUUUGACAUUCACUUCCCAUUAGACCUGGAUGUGAAGAUGAAAGCCAUGAUUUUUGGAGCUUGUUUCCUUAUCGACUUCAUGUACUUCGAAAGCUCUCCACCACAGCAACAUUCAUCAAGAAGAUAGAGGAGUAUGGAAAAUGUCAAUUACAUUCCAAUUUUAGUGCAUUUGCUGCCAAAGCAAGCAUUGGAUUGCCAAUUACGAUAGCAAAGGGAAGUGUUGCAUUAGGUUUAGAGUCAACGCUCAAUUUUGGCAAGUACAUUACUGUAGUCUUCAUUUUAUUUGGGAGGUGGUGCUUAGCUUUGACAGACCCGCUGAAGUUUAAGUGGAAAGCCACAACCAGACCUAAGUUUCCACUGAUUAGCUGUCCACGCGGUAGAUUAGGGCUUUGUGUUGAAAAACCAUGACACAUUGGCCAAGUAAACUUAACACAAAAUUAGUUCUUAAACACUACACACAUGUGGUAAUAAAAAGAAUAAUCAGAGUUAUCACAUUAAUAGGUAGUGAAAUGAAGGAUUAUUGUUUGGCCCAAGCAACAUGGUUUCUAUCUAUAGUCCUUUCCCCUCCUCUGUUUUCUAUCAACAUGUCCUGUGAUAGAAGACAAAUUGAUUCCAGGAGAAAGAGAAGAAUUUUUGCUUUUGGAAUCAAAAGAGAGAAAUAGUACCUUGUGUUAUACAAGAAAAACUUUUAUAUGCACAUAUUUCAGAACUUCACUCUACAAACUUUGCCAAAGUUUUGACGGAAAACCUGAUUUCAUUACAAAAUAAGACAUGUAUCCUUUUAGUGCGGUAUUUAAAUUUUUCUCAGGUUUCCUCAGGGCAUGGCAUGAAUAAACAGCAGCUGCUUAUACACAAGGCUGAAUCAGACUACCAGGCAAGUGUCCAACCUGAGCCACAACCAGCUGAAGUCUCAGCAUUGUAGGGACAUCAGUGCCCUGUAAGAACCACACACUUAAUACAGUUAUAUAUGAUACAUUUACACACAAUGCAUUCAUCUUUACUGGUCACAUAUGAAAUAUAUGUGUAGCCAAAUCUCUGACUUCCUAUAGUCAAUUGAUUUUUUUUUUUUAAUUUUCUUUCCAAGUUAACUGGUGACCACCAGGCUGUUUUACAGGCAAGAUAUUAAGCUGUUCUUUAGUUUGAAAUGUGUUUUAAUGUAGCAGUUGAUAAAAGCAAAAGCUACAAAUUAUGGCAAUGCUUCGUUGCUUUUUGUUUACACGUUUAGAAAAUAAUAAACCCCAGCAGAUACGCUGCUGUGUCAUCUAGUUUAUUGCUGAGAAUUAUGUGAGAUCAAAAGUUAUCAGUUGUGCUUGCUUGUAUUAACUCAUUUAAAACAUAGUGUGUAAGUGAAUGUACUUUAACUGGCCGUACUGCACAUUAGCAUCCUAUGUAGAUAUAGCCUGUGUUCUUUAGACACAGCUAGUAAUUAGAUUGGAAUGUAUUCUUUUACAGCUAAUUAAAUUUUUAAAAAGCCUGAGUGUUCUUAAGGGGGCUAUUUUGAGAAAAGAGACUUGGACCACAGAUCUUUUUAAAAUGAAAGAAAGGUGCUUCCUUUUUAAAUUAUGCUAAUCUUUUUA